CAUGUUCAUAAGCCACACACCAACAUACAUAUCUUGUUCUCAAAUAUUGCUAGUGUUAACUAAUUCCCCUUUAGAACAUAUUCACCAAAUUAUCAAACCAAUUAAGCAUGGGUGUCUUCACAUUUGAGCAAGAAACCACCUCUACUGUUGCCCCUGCUAAGCUUUACAAAGCUGUGGUGCAUGACGCCGAUGACAUUAUCGUAAAGGCUGUUGAUGAAAUCAAAAGUGUUGAAAUCGUCGAGGGUAAUGGUGGCCCUGGAUCCAUCAAGAAGCUCAAUUUCGUUGAGGGAGGACAAAACUUGUAUGUGUUGCACAAAAUAGAAGCAAUCGAUGAAGCAAACUUUGGAUACAAUUACAGUAUUGUUGGAGGAGCUGGUAUUCCAGACACAGUGGAGAAGAUAUCAUUUGAGGCUAAAUUGUUUGAAGGCCCAAAUGGAGGAUCUAUUGGAAAAAUGACAGUUAAAUACCAUACCAAAGGAGAUGCUAAGCCUGUUGAAAAGGAAGUUGAGGAAGGCAAGGCUAAGGGUGAUGCUCUUUUUAAGGCCAUUGAGGGUUAUGUUUUGGCCAAUCCUAAUUACUGAUCCAUCUUCCAAAUCUAGCUACAAUAUCAUCCAUAAACAUGUAUGAGUGUGUUGGCAAUAAGCUAGUUUGGUUGUUUGUUUUCUUAAUAUAAGUUUUCAAUGUAAUAAAGUGUUGGCUUGUCAUUUUCCUUUUGUUGCUCAUCUUGGGAGGUUUGAUGCCUAUGUAUCUCAUUUUAUGAUCAAUAAUAAUCAAUAUAAAUGAAAGCAUCUUCCAAAUAA